UGCUCAGGUUGUUACGUACACGUACGUGUGCCCAUGAUGGAGGGGCUAGAGGAUGUAAGUCACUCCCAGUAUCGCAUGCAAGACGUUUCUUGGGCGGAAAAUUUUUGGUGAAGGUUGGCCGGACGUUCUUUCACUUUCAGAGUUGACAUUCUUGCGACAUAGUAGAGCUGGUCCAGUGAAAUUGGCAGCCUUUCGGCUUACCUACGGCCUCGAAAUGUCUUCAAAUCGUACUGCCAAUGGCUUUUAUGAGAAAUUCCUUGCGCUUGAGGUCCCGGUCUAUUGGAAGCUUUCACUUCUGGCAGCAUUUCCACUCGUCGUAUUCUAUUUUACAAAGAGGUCGAAGUCCAAGACUAUUGACAUCAAGCAGUUCGCACACUUCCCUCAACCAGAACCAGCAGAUUCAGCAAGAGGACAUUGGCCAUGGAUUGAAAAGUCUGCUGGGUUGGGAGAUCCUCGACGAUCCUUUGAUGAGAUCUUAUACGAACAAGCGCAAAAGCUUGGCUACCCGCCAGUGCUGUUGGUUGAUUGGCGUCCGAUAGAAUCAUUUUUGAUUCUAUUCAUCCUAAAUAAUGAGGUUGCCGAGCAAGUCACCAGGCCAUCGAAACAGUAUAGUACCAGUGUACCGAAGCACCCAGCUAUGCAGGAUCUUGCUCCUCUGGUUGGAUCUCGAUCACUUGUCACUUUGGAUGGCGACGAAUGGAAAGGUUUGCGCAAGAGAAUCCUGCCUGGCUUCCAGCCUCAACACCUCUUGAGCCUCGUCAAAGUUAUUCUCGACAAGACGCAGAUUUUCGUGGAACAUCUUGAGAAAAAGGCUGCUUCAGGAGAUGAGUCCGGCAUCGAUGAGUUGACCACAAAUUUGGCCUUCGACGUAAUUGGAAUUGUAACGUUUGAUGUGGACCUCAAUGCUCAAGUACCUGGCCAGCAGAGCGAUAUAUUACUGACGUACCGGGCGUUGUCGCAAGCUUACGUCGCUAGGGAUAUGAUGAAGCCCUGGUGGCGCCGAUACUUCACAGAGAACGAACGCACAGUCCGAAGUCUUGACAGGAAGCUGGACACUCUUCUCAAGAAGGCCAUCCAAAAGGAGCAUGAGAAGCUCAUUUCAGGCAGUACCACUGCUUCACGAAGUGUCGCAGCGCUCAGUUUGUCAGGUAUGGAUGCACUGACACCCGAACUUUUGCAACAGACUAGCGAUACUUGUCGAGGCUUUCUCUUUGCUGGCCAUGACACGACUAGCAUCUUGCUCCAGUGGUCGUUCUAUGAGUUGCACCGACGCCCAAGCGCGCUGGAGACUUUGGGAGAAGAACUCGAUGAAGUCUUUGGCGUUGAUCCAUCUCCUGCUGCUGUCAUGGCACAGCUUUCCGGCCCCGAAAAUGGGAAGCUCCUAGCCCGCCUACCGUAUACCGAUGCGAUUAUCAAAGAGACUUUGCGAGUACAUCCACCUGGCACUACUGCUCGUGUCUCACCAGAAGGUGCUGGAACGACUUUGACCCUGCCCGAUGGCCAACAGUUGUUGGUUGACGGCCUGUGUUUGAGUCCACGAGCAUAUAUCAUCCAACGAGAUCCCAAAAUCUUUGGUGAAACCAAAGACGAUUGGAUGCCAGAACGAUGGCUAGGACCAGAGGCCGCUAACAUUCCCGAAAGUGCCUGGAGACCGUACGAAAGAGGCCCCAGAAGGUGCACAGGGUCGGAACUCGCAAACAUGGAGGCAAAGAUUGUGUUAGCCUGUAUUGCGAGACAUUUCGACUUUAUCAAAGUUGAGCUUGGUGAGCUUGACCUUGAUGGAGAAGGAAAGCCUGAAAUUGACGAAAAGGGCUUUUAUAGGACCAAGUCUACGCUGUUUAGUACUGAUCAAGUCACCGCUAAACCGGUCGAUGGAAUGAAGAUGAGGGUGAAGAUCCGCGAGCGGAAGUAGGCGUUACCUCAAGGAUGAAGGAGUUGGAUAUAUGGUGCUACCAUGUCCCCCCACGCCACCUGGCGGCGUCCCUUGGGGUUUUGCGUCCGACGUGUUCAAUUGUAAGUCCAUCUCGUGGAAGAUUCAUCGCAGAGAAGGCGUUGUUGGGACAAGAGU